AUGCUUUCGGGGAGGAAUAUUUUCAUUACUGGUGCAUCCAGAGGGAUUGGAUUAGCAUUGAGCAACAAAUUGGCCCUGCUAGGCAGCACAAUUACCAUGGUUGCACGAAAUGAAGACUUACUAGUUGAUAACAUCAGAAAGCUUCCAACUUCUAAGGACCAACAACACAAGUAUGUUUCGUAUGACCUCAUGUCUCUUGCUAGAGGCGUGAAGCCCAACAAUCAUGGGUUUCUUGUGGAGAAUCUCGAGAAGGCUAAUAUUCUCAUCAAUUGUGCUGGUUUAGCAACUUACAAGCUCAUGCCAAAGCUCACGGAUGACGGAAUAUUGGACGUCGUGGACCUCAAUUUGGUGGCUCCUAUACUUUUGAGCAAGAUGGCUAUUCCAUCAAUGCUUAAGCAAGGAAAAAGAACCCCAGUACCUUCAAUCCUCAAUAUAUCUUCAUUACUUUCUGCUACGGGUACAGCAGUGUCUGGGACAUCAGCUUAUGCUGCUCUGAAAGCAGGGCUUUUAGGGUUAACUGAGGCAUUGGCCAAAGAAUUGAAUGGAAAAAUACGUGUAAAUGCCGUAUUGCCGGCCUUGGUACCAGAGACAGACAUGGGAAAGAAUGCAUCUGCCAAUCUACCUACUGUCUCCCUUCUGGACGUGGUGGAUACUUGCGUGAAGGUUUUGGAGGACGAGAGCGUGAAUGGCAAGUUUGUCCCUGCGGAUGGUGGAAAAUUUCGAACUCUCAAUUAG